UGCUUUUGAUAAGCUUCCCAGUCAGAUCACAUGAGUGCACUGUGCAAUCUCUCCUCCCUUCUUUUCUUUCCUCUCGCUGGCUGGCUCUCUCAUUCACUCACUCACUCACUCACUCGCCUUCUGCUUUCCCGGUAGUCAAAAGCAAGGAUCAGCUUCUCUGCCUUGCCUAUAUAAAUCCCCGGUGAGCAAAUUCAAAGGGAAGAGAAGGUACACCAAGAAAGAGCUGAGGAACAUCAUAAAGGCCAGUCUGGGAGUCCAGCAUUUCAAGAAGGGCAAGAAAAACAUAGUGGAAGAGCACCACUACGUUUGCAGAGCCAAGGUAUACAAAAGCUCAGAACUGGGAGUGGAAGACAGUGGAGCAGAGACAGGAGAUCUUCUUGACACUCAAAAAUGCAGAAACAGCAAGAACGGUGUCAGAUAUUUACAGCUGUUCUCUUCGCAUUUAUUUUUCUGCUGGCAGCUGUGAGCACUACUGAAGCUGGAAAAAAAGAAAAACCAGAGAAAAAGUUGAAGAAAUCUGACUGUGGGGAAUGGCAGUGGAGUGUGUGUGUGCCUACUAGUGGAGACUGUGGGCUAGGGACCCGUGAGGGUACUCGGAGUGGAGCCGAUUGUAAGCAAACCAUGAAAACACAGAGGUGUAAGAUCCCCUGCAACUGGAAGAAGCAAUUUGGAGCGGAAUGUAAAUACCAGUUCCAGGCAUGGGGGGAGUGUGACCUAAACACUGCCUUGAAGACUCGAACUGGGAAUCUAAAACGGGCCCUACACAAUGCGGACUGCCAGAAGACUGUCACCAUCUCAAAGCCCUGUGGAAAGCUUACCAAACCAAAACCUCAAGAACCCAAGAAAAAGAAAAAAGAAGGCAAGAAACAGGAGAAGACAAUGGAAUAGGGAAGCUGUGCCAGGUAGCAUGAACAUGGGAUUUCCUCGAAUGUAAUCGGUUAACAAGUUUCAUUGACACCUAGGCAUUUUAUCCAGAAGUUAUUUAUAGCUUAAUUGUACAGUAGGAAGAAAUAAACAUGCAAAUACACACUCUUUCUUCUUCUUUCUUCUUCUUCUUCUUUUAAUUCUAGUACAGGCUCUGCUAACUUGGCACCUUUCGGCUGGGUUAGAUUACAACUUUUACCCUCCCCAAUGUGAUAGCUGGGGAUAAUGGGAUUUGUAGUAUAGCACAUCUAGAAUGUCCUAGUUUGUGGAAGGCUGCAUUAGAAUUUUCAGUGUAUACUCUUAACCUUUGUAGAUGUCUGCAAUAAAAGACUGUAAUGUCAUUUAGAACAUGAGUGCUAUGGUAAAUGGAAAAAAUAUAGGUUCAUUCCCAAAUCCCGCAUUCCUUCUCUCAGAGACCAGUCUUUUAAGGCUUGGGUCUGCAUGCUAUGGACAGGGCUGGUGACCUACAUGGAACUCCCAAGUUGUAUUCUAUCAAGGUUCUAUGAUGUCAUAAUGAUCUGUUCAGAUGCUGUGCAGCCUAGCCUCCUUAUGUGUAAAACAGACCCCCCACCUCUUUUUAUGUUUAAUGUUUUUUUUUAAAUAGUAAGAGUCUCUAUCUCCAAAUUGUAUCUGCACUGAAAUAACUAACUUGGCUGUAAUUUACACCUUUUAAUAAAACAAUUUAAGGCUCUA